UCCAGAGAGUCGGACGUGAAAAAGUACCUAUCCAUAAACAGAAUUUCGGAGAACUGCAAACAGCUGUGGCAGCUGAGUCAUUAGCCAUGAAUUUCGACUUAUGCGUAAAGCUUUUUUUCUUUGCCUUGGCCUUGGCCUCUCCCGUUUAUGCCAAGUGCCCAAAAGAAAGACAAUUGUGUUCGCAGAGUGGUGAAUACAAACACUGUGAGGAGGAGGAUGAAAGAUAUCCCGCUGGUACCAAGAAAACUAACCUGAUUUACUGUGAUUCAAUGUUCUGCGAGCCGGAGGGAUUUCAGCACGACUAUAUAACCCGCAAUCACGAUCAGACGCCGCAUCAGAAUAAAUGGAAAAGGGCCAAGAUAGGGGAAAGAGCCACUUUGCACGAUGUUUGUCUACUGCGAAAUGGAAUGCCUGUGACGAGGGAGUGCAAACUGAAGGACUAUCGAGCUGAAUGGGAGGCUACUGAUCAGUGGGAUCCUGUGGUUUGUCUUCGGCGUUUUAGAGAGCAAACAAUCUCGGAGGACUUGAAUACCCUACACGAUGAAGUCCUCGAAGGGAGGAGACGCACCAAUGACACCCAGGGACGUCGUGAGAUGACCGGGUUGAUGAGGACUAUUUUUCGCCAAAGGGACAGGAGUCUCCUGCCCGUCGAUGUCCAUAUGACGGGUCAGAUGUUCGGAGCCCUGAUGCAACAGGACAAGGAUGCGGCGGUCAUUGUGGAUUUGGUCAGUGUCUGCAAGGAGAUCAUGUCCUGUGACAGUCAGGUCCUGCGUCUUUCGGCCCAGCUAAAUGCCACAAAUACACUGCUAAACCAGUUUGAGAACUACAUGGAUGCUCUGCCGCAGCAAUUGGUUCCCAAGGAGCAGUGUGGGAAAGUAGUAGUGAAACCCAUGAGUGAUGAAGCCGAAACGGCUACUACUGGAGUGGAAACAUAUAACCUCUCUGAUAUAGGAAUUCAAGCUUUGAUUACCGGCAACAUUAGCGUUUUCUUCGCCAAUCCCGAAUGUGAUUUUAUAACUGGAAUUGCUAUAUUUUCUGCCUCAGCUGAGAAUCGAAGGGCUUCCCCGAGCGGCUUCUGGUAUCGCUUUCUACGUUUCUCGGAAGAUUUGGAUAAAAUAAAACGGGAAUCUGACCUGGAGACGGCUGCUUUUCUCCCAGAGAGUCUAUGGAAGGAUGUUAAAGGCAAGGGAGUUACCUACUUGAUAUUUAAGAUUUAUGCCCACGAUGCUCUCUUCGUGGAAACCUCUCUUCAACGUAGUCGAAGGCCCCGCAGCAAGGUGAUCUCCAUUUCUAUACCAGGAUUGGAAAAUAACAUUCUUCCCCAACCGCUACCCUUUCUUCUUCGUAACGAGAACCUUCGUGAUCCGGAUGCAAAUGCUUUAACUUCGGGCAGUGGCUGCGGUUUUUGGAACUACCAGACUUGGUCGAACGAAGGAGUAACUACUAGUAACAGCUCAAAUCUCCUGAAAGAUCUCAUCAUCGAGUGUCACACGGAUCAUCUCACUCAGUUUGCCUUUCUGGUGGGCGGCAGCUAUAGAACCAACGAUCUGGGCGAGGAGGUUCUGAUAACCCCCAUAAAUGAGAAAGUUCUGGACAUUAUUUCGAUCGUGGGUUGCAGUCUCUCCCUCCUAGGAAUCCUGGGAAUCUUUUUAACAGCAGCUAUCUUCAAAAGUUGGCGCAGUCAGGCCUCCACAAAGGUUCUCCUUCAUCUUUGCCUGGCUAUGUGUCUUCAGAUGGUGCUCUUUGUGUUCCUAAACACAGAUGAUGUAUCGGAAAAGCUGGUGACCAAUGGAGAUACAGUUCGUUGUGUGGCUUUGGGAGCUGCUCUGCAGUACUCCAUUCUGGUUCUCUUCAGCUGGAUGCUGAUCAUCGCCUUUCUGCAGUUCCAACGAUAUGUUACUGUAAUCGGAAUCGAGAGACCUCCACGAUACAUCCUAAAAGCAGCCAUUGUUGCGUGGGCCCUGCCCUUGGUUCCCACCUUGCUAGUGGCCCUUAUAGAUCCCGAUUCAUACAUUCCCACGAAAGCUCAAUUGUCCACGGACACCGGCAUCUGUUAUCCCUCCGGAUAUGGUCUAAUUUUCGGAGUGGUUCUCCCCGUAUCCAUGAUUACAGUCUCGAACUUGGUGAUCUUCGUCUAUGUUUUCUACAGCAUUUCGCACUCUUUAAGCCAAAGCAUCCAUAAGUCCGAAAAGAAAAUGGUGAUCAAGCAGAUUCGACUCUCCAUUAUGCUGUUCUUUUUGCUAGGUCUCACUUGGAUCUUCGGAAUCUUCGCCUUCAUGCAGGCAGGUGUGGCCUUUUCGUACCUAUUUUGCAUCACGGCCACCAUGCAGGGCUUUGUGAUGUUCGUCUAUUUCGUGCUUUUGGACUCGGCAAACCGUCGGUUGUGGGUGGGUCUGAUUUGCCCCACCAAGAUGAAGAUGGAUGUUCAGAAGCGAACCGCUGAACUGCAGUCCAUGACCACCUCAUCCACUAACUACACAAGCAGAUCACAUUAGUUUUAUAACAAUAGUUUGCAUAUUCCCAACGAACAAACAAUAAUUUAUUAACUAUAUUAAGAAUUUGCCAAUAUUUUCAGUAACCACUGUAUUUAUGUUUCCUUCUUAAAACUGUAAAAAUCGAAUAAAAAUAAAUGAAAUAUUAUUCAGACCAUGAA